AUGAACGGCGAUACCUAUUCCUCUAGAGACUCUGGGCGUCCUCGCGACUACUACCGCGACGAGCGACGUGAUCGCGACAGAGGAGACCGGGGUGACCGGGGUGAAAGACCUGAGAGAGGAGAGCGAAGACGAUCGCGAUCACCUCACUACGGCCCACGAGGCUCGCGCCGUGAGCCUGAAGCCAAUUCGUACUCAUCCAGCCGCGACUACCGUGCCCGCGAGCGAGAAGACCGCUACUCGAGCAACCGAAGAGACGACCGAGAAUGGGAUCGCGGAGACCGUGGAGACCGUGGUGGAGAUCGUGGCGAUCGCCGUCGCCGACCGGACCGACCCGAUUUUGAAGAAAGACCCCGACGGGACCUCUUUGAGGAGCGUCCUCGCCGCGGUGGUGGUGGUGGUGGUGUAGGUGGUGGCGAUCGGGACCGUGGAGAUCGUGGUGGUGACAGAAGAGAACGCAGGAGAUCUGCAACACCUCCCCGGAGGAAGGAGCCCACACCAGAUUUGACCGAUGUUCCCUCAAUUUUGGAACGCAAGCGUCGCCUGACUCAAUGGGAUAUCAAGCCUCCAGGCUAUGAGAAUGUCACCGCAGAGCAAGCCAAGCUCUCCGGCAUGUUCCCUCUGCCUGGAGCUCCUCGGCAACAACCAAUGGACCCCAGUCGUCUGCAGGCGUUCAUGGACCAGCCUGCUGGUGCCACAGAAAAUACCGCCCUCAAGCCAUCCAACUCCCGCCAAUCUAAGCGUCUCUUUGUCUACAACAUUCCUCCUGGUACCACUGGGGAUGCCAUCAUCUCGUUCUUCAACCUGCAGUUGAACGGCCUGAACGUGAUUCACAGCGUCGAUCCAUGUAUCUCUGCCCAAGUCUCCGAAGACCAAAAAUUUGCUCUCUUGGAAUUCAAAUCUGCGGGUGACGCAACCGUUGCUUUGGCUUUUGAUGGUGCCACUAUGGCUGAGAGUGGUGACAAGGGUCUGGAGGUUCGGCGACCCAAGGAUUACAUUGUGCCCACUGGAAACGCAGAUCAGGAAUACCAGGAAGGAGUCCUUCUCAGCGAGGUUCCGGACUCACCGAACAAGAUUUGCGUGUCCAACAUCCCCUCCUACAUUCCAGAGGAGCCUGUUACCAUGCUGCUCAAGUCGUUUGGUGAAUUGAAGUCAUUUAUCCUGGUCAAGGAUGCAUCGACUGAGGAAUCACGAGGCAUUGCUUUCUGCGAGUAUGUUGAUCCUGCCGCGACUCCCAUUGCUGUGGAAGGUCUCAACGGCAUGGAGCUAGGUGACCGUCACCUCAAGGUUGUCCGUGCUAGUAUCGGUACUACUCAGGCAGCUGGUCUGGAUAUGGGCGUGAAUGCCAUGUCAAUGUUUGCUAAGACCACCUCCCAAGAUAUGGAGACUGGACGUGUGCUGCAGCUUUUGAACAUGGUGACCGUUGACGAACUCCUCGAUAAUGAAGAUUAUGAAGAGAUCUUGGAGGAUGUUACCGAGGAGUGUGGGAAAUUCGGAAAAGUUCUCAGCCUUAAGAUUCCUCGUCCCAGUGGUGGCAGCCGCAGUUCGUCUGGCGUUGGCAAGAUCUUUGUCAAGUUUGACACUGAACAAUCGGCAACCAAUGCCCUCAAAGCAUUGGCUGGCCGUAAAUUCUCAGAUCGCACUGUUGUUGUUUCUUACUUCGGAGAAGAAAACUUCGAUGUUGAUGCUUGGUAA